UCCCUUUCACGCCUUCGCAAUCAUGAGUUUAUGACUGCCACAGGCCUGAAUUUCUGGUGGGGAAGAAGUCGAAAGUUAAAAACAUAACCAUAAAGAAAUAAAAUAAAUAAAUACGCAAAAAGUCUGAUGCGUACCUUUGCCGGAUAUCAGGCAUCGAAAAUGCCUCCAACGUUGGAGCCUUCGGCAGUUUGAAUCGGGCUUUUCUUCGAGAUCCCGGGGCUGUUAUCAGCAUAUAAAAAUGGCUGAAGAUUUGACUCGAAGAUGUCGAGAUCGGUUGCAGGAUAUCAGCAUCAAGCUUGAACAAAGCCAUCUUGUUUACCUGCAAACAGACGAUAGCCCCUUAAAGUUGCAGCAGCGGCAAAAGCUUGAAGGUUUCAUCAAAGAAUUUUUAUGCCUUGUACCGAACGACAACAAAUACGAAUUUCAAGAGACAGCUGAUAUACUAAACAGAUCCGCUGCAACCGUGCAAGAUUUUAGUGGGUACAGGGCCUGCAAUGCUUGGAAUGCGAUUGCCUUGUAUGCUGCUAACUUGCUUGCUCAACCUUGGAGAAAGGAAUAUAAGAAUUUAAAGACUUACAGUGGAUAUUACAAACACGAGGUUGAUGUCAAUCUGAUUGGAGCGGAACUCAUGUUCGAGUUGAUGGGUUAUAGACACACAGCUCUGGGGGAAUUGAUCCUGGAAGGUCCAAUUGAUCCAGACAAAGUCUCCAAUGUUAGUCGAGACGCAAUUGUGGCCUUUGUUGAGUGCCAGAUACUGAAACAGAUCUGGGAGAGUGUAUCUCAAAAUUUUACCAUUUCAUGGCUCGAAGUGUUGGAAUUUAGAGAAAACCAUGUCGGGACCCCUGAGCAAGCAAUACGUGCAUUGAAUUACAGAUUUCUUGAGAAAAUGCACCACAAUCGUGUAAAGACUGCAAAUUACAGGGACUACAGGCAGAUACCGUCAAAUACCAUCGAUUUGAUAGCUGCCACUCCUUACAAUUUUCCUGUAAAUAAUUACAAUACUUAUACAGCUCCUUAUCAGACUGGAUACAAAUAUUUGGAGGAUAAUAAUGUGCCGCAGAUGAACUUACAGUAUUUUCAACCGAUCGAUUAUAACACUGGUAACAGAUUCAAUAUUUACGGGCAUCAUAAAGCUGACAGCAAGUAUUUCGGCGGUAUUAACGCGAACGAAUAUUGCUCGCCUAUACCCAACCAUCCUGCCGGGGUACCGACAGGCCAAUUGAUAGAGCUGGAUCCACCGACGCCAGUUAUCAAUUACCAGAAGAAGGAUAACAGAAAAAUAGCAAACACGAUUCCACAUUAUACGCCUGAUUUCGAUGAGGCAGAUUCAGGCCAAGGGCAAAUUGGGGAUGGGAAUAAUUACGAAUAUGCUAAAGUCGAGAAGAAAACAUUGAAAUCACCCGUCGGAGGUACUGAAAAAGAUUCGUUCAGUAGCUGGGAUUUUGUCUAUAGAAAUUUAGAAAGUCUUGGUUAUUCGAAGGAUCUGGGAGACAGGGAAGAUGUUUUGCAUAAGCGAGAAUCAGAUUUAUAUAGGAUUCGGCAGAAGCCGUUCAAAGACUCGUCGAAUUAUCAGGAGGAGAAAUAUGCUCUGAAUCAUUUGGAUAAACGAAAGGUUCGCUCGAAUUUUGAGGGACUCGACAGAUUGGCUACUAACGGCAGAGCCGGAAAUGAAGAAGUAUCAUUUCUACCUAAAAAAAAAUCCUCGUUUGACGACUUGAACAAGGAGCUCAGAGACCGAACAUAUCAAGAACGAUACAACUCUACUGACAGGGAUAAAAUGUAUAGCCAAACAUUGCCCAAUCAGCACAAAAAACGGUCCACCGAAAUCGAUUGCGUUGUGAAGGUAAGCGAUUCUAUGCGAAACCUUGACAUAAACCAACAGGAUAUUGAAAAUCAGAAAGAGACCAAGUGGCAGUGUUCUACGUGCACUUAUUUGAACACCUUUGGCAAGAACAUUUGUGAGAUGUGCGGAAAGUCAAAGCGAAAGGGUAACGAAGAUAAGCCACUUGCCAGUGGAGGCAAAGAAUGCCCGCAAUGUACUCUAGUAAAUGAGAAAAAUGUUUCUAACUGUGAUGCGUGUGGAGCUAGUUUAAAAGAUUCUCCAACAUAUAUAUAAGAGAAUACAAGAUUAUUAUAUAGCAUCCUCCGAGAGGACAAAUUUAUAGAUAAUAUAUAGGCUAGUCGAUGUUUGCAGGAUCACUUUGGGCCAAGUAUCAAUUGCAACAUAAUUAGUUGUGUACAAGUUGUAGUCAAAAAUCAGAAAUCUGAAAUAAUUUCUUAGACUCGCUACAAUCUUCGAUAUAGAUACCGGGACAAAGUGCAAAACGAUAAGAUUAAGGACUUGUUUGUUUUUUUCUGGAAUUUUUUUACGGGUGCCAAAAUAGUCCGAAAGUAAGCAAUGUAUUUCCUCGUUCAAUUUUCAACUGUCAUGUUUGGGCAAUCUGGUAAAAACAAAAAAAAAAAUUCUAUCGUAAGAGAAGGUUUAUCAAAUCUUAUUUAACAAGAUCAUUAUUUUUUACCUGUUCACUUGAAAAUUAUUUCCGUAGGCUUUUAUUAACUCUUUGUAUUAACGUAUGAUUAUAGUUUAAAUCAGUUUUUAGGAUUAAGUUGAUGAGACCUUUCAAUUCCAUUUCAAUCGAAUAUGUAUUUUCAUUAUAUUUGUAUGUAAUCACCAUAUGCACACUGCAUUAUUUAUUAUAUUUAUUAACUAAUAAUCAUAUUUUUGGCGCAUAUAUGUUGUAUUUAUAAACUUCAUUUCAAAACAUAGUCAUAUAAUUCAUAAGAAAAUUUAACCAAAUAUGGAUAUUAAGCAAUCCAAAGCAAGAUUGUUGAAAAAUAAAACUGAAAAUGACACUAGUGUCUGCGAUUUCAAAAUAUUGUAUAGCCAAAUAGAUUGCUUGACGAAUUUAAAUUUAAUCCUUUCGACUAAAAGUAGUCCACUAAGCACAAAAUUAUUUAAAAAUGUACGGAUCUUAAUAGUGGAUUGAAGUCAAUGAGAAUGGAACUAACUGAUCUGUUGCAAAGGUUUCAAAUUUUAUGUGACGAUACGUAUGUAUACUUUAGCUAAGGCUAUACGUUCAAUGUUAACAAAAAAAUAUUUAAAAUUUAUCACAAGAUUUAUAUCGAUUAUGUAUUCGUUAAAUCUUUUUAGGCGAUUUUCUGCAUUUGCAUUGAAUAGUAUAACGAAUAUUUGUGAGUUAUGAAACAUAUGUUGUAAUAAUAGGACUUGUACAAUAAUAAAAUAUGUAUUUUUACUAA